CCUGGUUGCAAUUUAUUAAAUUAAAUAUGGAAGUAAGAAGGAACAGACCUGGCACAAAAUCAGCAGACUUAUGGAACUGGGGAGUCGGAGACCUCUCCGAUAGAAACGAACCCUUCGCUGUCAGAGAGUUCUUACAAGAGAAAAUUAGAAAUGACCCUAAUGAUAUUGAAGGGAUCUGACAACCCCCUCCAGGCAUUGACGAAAAUAUAUGGCAGUAUGAGCACAUUAGACAGUUUUUAUUAGAACUUGAUUUGCUUGUGGUUCAACUACAGGGAAGCUGAAAUUCACAAACAUGUCCUAAAAUGAAAGCAACUGAGGACUGGCUCUAUUUAUGCGCAUCUCAUGAUUUCCCUCAAGAAUGCUCAGCAAUGGAUUAUAUGAUUCAUAAUUUAGAGUACUCAACGAGAUUAAUCCACAGUAGCAAGACUUCAGGGCCUGGAUCAAGCACUAAGCAUCUUCUGUCAAUAGUCAGAAGAAUCUACAGAUUCUUUACCCAUUGCUACUUUCAUCACCGGGAAAUAUUUAUUGAAUUUGAAGGCUGAAUGCAUUUAUGUGCAAGAUUUACUCAUUUUGUAACAUUAUUCAAAAUGAUGUCUCAGGAACUGUUCAUUAUCCCUGAAGAAGUGAUAUUCUAAUUCCUACCCAAAUUUUACAAAUUCUUG